UGGUUCGGAUGUGAGAGCUUGCGGGCUUUCAGCAACGCAUAUUUUGUUCUUUUUUCCCCCCUCCGAGCGCAGUGAUUAUUCGCCUAUGGAGCUUCAAUGCAUCCAAGCUUUCGGCACAGAUCCUAUGGCUGGCAGCUACGAAUUCCUCCACGGAAGGUGGAGCAUUGGAUUAAAAAGCGCCGGCUCUGAUCCGCACGGCAGUUUCCUGCAGGUCGUCACCAAACGCCGCUGGCGGAAUGCGAGAGCCAGGGGCCUGGGAUGGAGCUGAACGGACAGCUGUCAAACUAGACAUGGGCUCUGCAAACACUGACACUGGGGCUCAGCAAAUACCACAGCCGGUUUGUGCAGAGUCCGGACUAGCCAGACCGAGGGGAGGAAUCUGCAGCAAGAUUGUGUGUGCAGACAGGCCACUCAAAUGGCUAAUUUUCAUGUUCAGAGGACUAUCCACAGCUCCACAACUCCAAUGCACAGGAAAGUUGUGUUUUCUUGCAAGAGAAGACGAUAUUCUAAAUAACAAUUCUACAGCCAGAGACUUUUCAGAGAGACUGACGAACUUUCGGUCUACCCGAAGAGGCCAUUGGAAGAAGAGAGUCACGUGACACAGGGUGCCAAUGUUAUUCUAUAAGGGUGUCAAGACCCUGUCAGUUUGCGAAAUAAAUAUUGGGAAACAACGAGAUGCAAAAAGCGACAUACUACGACAGCUCUGCAAUUUUCGGAGGUUACACAUACCAAGGAACAAAUGGUUUUAACUACAAUGCCAGUCAGCAACAAUAUCCGCCUUCUUCUCAUGUGGAAAAUGACUAUCAUCGGCCGGCCUGCUCUCUGCAGUCACCGGCUAACACUGUCCCCCAUCACAAACCCAACGAUAUCAAUGAAAGUUGCAUGCGAACCAGUGCCAGUCAACCGAGCCACCACGCAGCCAUUGCAGAGCAGCAGCAACAGAAGCAGCCACCACCUCCACCACCACCACCACCAUCUGUCUCACCACCCCAGAAUACCAGCAACAACUCGACCCAGUCCAGCACAAACAAAAAUCCUACACUUACCUCACAAACAACUAUCAGUAAACAAAUAUUCCCCUGGAUGAAAGAGUCGCGCCAAAACGCCAAGCAAAAAACCAGCAGUUCCAGUUCAGUUGAAAGUUCUGCUGGUGAAAAGAGUCCUCCGGGUCCAGCCUCCAAGAGGGCACGCACAGCAUACACCAGUGCCCAACUGGUAGAACUGGAGAAGGAAUUUCACUUUAACCGCUAUCUUUGUAGGCCAAGGAGGGUUGAAAUGGCCAAUCUGUUAAACCUCACUGAAAGACAGAUUAAAAUCUGGUUCCAAAAUCGGAGAAUGAAGUACAAAAAGGAUCAAAAAGCGAAAGGCAUGCUAACUUCUUCUGGUGGACAGUCACCCUGUAGAAGCCCCAUCCCACCAUCAGCUGCUGGAGGAUAUGUAAACUCGAUGCAUUCCUUGACAACCAGUGCUCCAUAUGACCCACACUCGCCUACGUCCUUCAGUAAACCUCAUCAAAAUGCCUAUGCUAUUCCUACGUCUUAUCCUGGGCCCCUCAACAGUUGCCCACCUCCACAGAAGAGGUAUGCUGGGACUGCAGCUGUGACGCCUGAGUAUGACACACACCCUCUUCAAGGCAAUGGUGGCUAUGGAACUCCUCAUUUACAGGGUAGCCCAGUCUAUGUUGGAGGAAACUUUGUGGAAUCCAUGCCAAGCUCUGGGCCUUCCCUUUUCAGCCUAACCCACCUUGGUCAUCCUUCCUCUGGAAAUAUGGACUAUAACAGUGCAGGGCCAAUGACAAGCAACCAUCACCAUGGACCUUGCGAACCACAUCCCACUUAUACAGACCUUUCUUCACACCAUCCUUCUCAGGGAAGAAUUCAGGAAGCACCCAAGCUGACCCAUCUGUAGUGGACCAGUUAGCUCUUGGUGGACUAUCACUUUCUCAUGCUUUUAUAUCACGUUAUCUAUGAUUACAUCCCCUCUUCCACCUUUCCCUUUUUUCUUUAGUAUCAACCCUUAUAGUUUACAUGUAAUGUACCUAAUGACAACCAAUCUUUGCUUGCAUUGCUCUGUCACUGGUUAGUGGUUGCUCUUUUCAUGGACUCCAGCCUUAACAUUCAGUAGUAGAAGUGAAGUACUAAGGCUUACAGAACUUUGCAUAUAUAAUCUUCUACUUUAUGGAACAGGGUAUAUGAACAAAUUUUCUAAAAAAAACUUAAACGUGAAUUUGUUCGUGCUUUAUUUUUCCUUACGAGGAAUGGUAAAAUGGUUUAUAUUGCACUUCUUUACAUUGAAUAGUUAAACAAGAUCAAAGCGCUUGUACAGGGUCCCCCUGGGCAAAUAAGAGUUCUUGUCCAUCUUUCAGUAUGUAUGUAUGCUGGUGAACAUUCAAAUUUAUUUAUUUGCUCUUGCAAAGGAGAAUAUUCUAAGUGUUUAAAGUAUUAUUUAUCCCCAUUGACGCAUAUUUAUAAAUAGAACUGUACAUUGACUAUUUACUUGGUUCUGUUCAGUCUUCUGUUUUAAGUCAUGGUAAAUAUUUUUUUUAAAUUCCUGUAAGAUACACAGAAAAGUAGUUUUCUGUUAGUAAUGUAUUCAUUAAAAACGCAAUUUGGUCAAUUGUGGGAAUAACGCCAAGAAAAGGGACUUAGUCUGUAACUGUAGUAUUCUUAAAAUGGAACACAAAAUUGCCACAAUUUUGUUUUAGGUAUGCAUUCCAUGCUGCAAAUGAGAUAUCCGUUGAACAGCUAGUUCUGACGAAUAAAUUUUUUUGUCAGCAA